AUGGGGAUUUACAGGUUCAUUUCAGCUGCGUUUUUCUUGUUAGGUUUUCACUCUUGCCUUUGUUUGACCCUGAGUGGAAAUGAGAUGGAUCGACUGGCCUUGCUUGACAUCAAGGCCAGGAUAACUGGUGAUCCAUUUGGAGCCCUGACUUCAUGGAAUGAUUCCGUCCACUUUUGCCAGUGGUGUGGAGUUACUUGUGGUCUACGACACCAAAGGGUCAUGAGGUUGGACCUGCAGUCCUUGCAACUUACAGGCUCCAUAUCACCACAUGUUGGAAAUUUGAGUUUUGUGAGAGUGCUGUAUCUUCUCAACAACAGCUUCAGCCAUGAAAUCCCUCCAGAAAUUGGCCGCCUGCGCAGGUUGCAAGAUUUGCAGCUGCAGAACAAUUCAAUAAGUGGUGAAAUUCCUUCUAACUUAUCUGGUUGCUCUCAACUUGUUACAAUUCGUCUUGGUUACAAUUUUCUGGUAGGAAGAAUUCCUGAGGAGCUCGGCAGCUUGUCCAAGCUACAAACACUUGUAGUUCCACACAAUAAUCUUACAGGAACUCUCCCUAACUCUUUUAGCAACUUAUCUUCUGUUGAAAAGCUCUAUGUAUCUUCGAAUAAUCUGAAGGGAAGUAUUCCAGAUAUUUUUGGUCAAAUGACCAAUCUUAGUUUCCUUGCACUCGAAGACAAUAGCUUGUCUGGUAUCAUCCCUCCGUCGAUCUUUAAUCUCUCCUUCCUCACAGUCUUUUCUGUCAUUAUAAACCAACUCCAAGGGACUUUGCCCUCAGACCUAGGUGUUGCUCUUCCAAAUCUCGAAUUUUUUGGUAUUGAUUACAACCAAAUUAGUGGACCUAUUCCUGUUUCAAUUUCUAAUCUCUCAAAUCUAGCUUCCCUUCAACUGAUUGCAAACCAACUAUCUGGAAAAGUUCCUUCUUUGAAAAAUUUACAUAAACUUGAGAGAUUAAAUCUCGGGGGCAAUAAUCAUCUUGGAAGUGGGGGAAUUGGUGACUUGAGCUUUCUCUGUGAUUUGACUAAUGCCACCCUUUUAGAUGAACUGUUUAUUAGUGAAAACAAUUUUGGGGGUAUAUUACCUCAAUGCAUUGCUAACUUAUCUUCUCAUCUGGAAUACUUCUAUGUCAAUAUCAAUAAAAUAACAGGAAGCAUUCCAAAUGGGAUUGGUAAUCUGGUUAACUUGCAAGGCCUAUUUCUUUCAGCAAACCAAUUUUCAGGUCAAAUUCCCUCUGAAAUUGGGAAGCUUCAGAAGCUGGUUGAAUUAAACUUAUCUAUGAACUCUUUCUCUGGGAAUAUUCCUUCCACUUUUGGAAAUUUAAGUUACUUAUCUAAAUUGGAUUUAGAUGGAAAUAAACUUCAUGGCAGUAUCCCCUCAUCUCUAGCAGAGUGUCAUGAUUUGACAUCCUUGUUUCUUGGUCAGAACAAUCUCAGCGGUACAAUUUCCCAAGAAGUCAUUGGUCUGUCCUCCUAUAUUGAGUUUGAUUUAUCUCACAAUCAUUUCACUGGUUCUCUUCCAGAGAAAAUAGGAAAUUUGAUUAAUCUGGAGUACUUAGAUGUUUCUGGAAACAUGUUAUUUGGUGAAAUUCCGGCAAGUCUUGGUAGCUGUAUAGAAGUUGAAUACCUAUACAUGCAAGGAAAUUUCUUCCAAGGGACAAUUCCAUCAUCUUUGGGUUCUCUUAGGGGUCUUAAAGAGUUACAUAUUUCUAACAACAACUUGUCAGGCCUCAUUCCAGAAUUCUUGGAGCAUUUUGAAUUCCUGCAAUCAUUGGAUUUAUCUUAUAACAAUUUGGAAGGCAUGGUACCAGUCAAAGGAGUUUUUCAGAAUGCAACAGCCACAUCAGUCAAAGGAAAUAAUAAGCUUUGUGGGGGCAUAACUGAGUUUCAAUUGCUGAAAUGCGAAUUUGGACAUCCCAAGAAGAGAGGAUUAAGCCGAACCUUGAAGCUGAUAAUCUGUCUCGUUUGUGGGCUUCUUGGAGUCUCCUGCGCUCUGUCAUUUUGGUACCUUCUUUGCUCAAGGAGGAAAAUAGUGAAGCACACUGCAAGCGAUUCAGAAAAUUUUCUUAAGGUGUCUUACCAAAAUCUUCUAAAAGCUACUGAUGGAUUCUCCGCUGCUAACUUGCUAGGCAUGGGCAGUUUUGGAUCAGUUUAUAAAGGAGUUCUUGAACAAGGUCAAACAACUGUUGCUGUCAAAGUACUUAACCUAUUUCAUCCUGGAGCUUCCAAAAGUUUCUCUGCUGAGUGUGAGGCAUUGAGAAACAUUAGACACCGUAAUCUUUUGAAGGUACUCUCUGUGUGUUCAGGUUCUGAUUUUGAAGGUUGGGAUUUUAAGGCCUUAAUCUAUGAGUUCAUGGUUAAUGGGAGCUUGGAGGAAUGGUUGCAUCCAACUCAGACAGUUGCUGAGACAAUCGAGAGACCAAGAAGCUUGAGUUUUUCUCAAAGGUUGGCCAUAUCAAGUGAUGUUUCUUUGGCAUUGGAUUAUCUCCAUCAUCAUUGUGAGACGCUGAUAGUUCACUGUGACCUCAAGCCGAGCAAUAUCCUUCUCAAUGAUGAUAUGGUUGCACAUGUUGGUGAUUUUGGGAUGGUAAGGUUCCUUCCUAGAACUUCUGGUAAUCAAUCUAGCUUGCUUGGAGUAAAAGGAACUGUUGGUUAUGCUCCUCCAGAAUAUGGUAUGGGACAUGAAGUUUGGACACAAGGUGAUGUGUACAGUUAUGGCAUUCUCCUACUGGAAAUGUUCACAGGAAAACGGCCAACAGAUGACAUGUUUCAAGGAACUUCAAACCUUCAUAACUUUGUGAAGGCAGCUCUGGCUGAGGAUGUUAUUGAGAUUGUGGAUCCUGUUCUUGUUCACGAAAAAGCGGAAGGGAAGAUCAUUGCGGACAAAUGUCUUAAUGAGGAUAGCAUAAGGCCUCACAUUAAAAUAGAAGAAAGCUUGAUUUCAAUCCUAGAAAUUGGUGUGGCUUGCUCUGCAGAACGUCCUAGAGAACGUCCAGACAUUAGUGAUGUUGUAUGUGAGAUGUACCGAAUAAGAAACAAACUAGGUUUGAGCUAAUAGGAUAUGUGAAUUGAGGCAUGCUGUUAAUAAUCAGUUAUCCAUAUGUGUGCAGUACUAUUUUGUUAUAUCG